GAAUUUAUGAAAAGGAAAUGACUCCAAAAUGCCUGUUGACAUUAAUCGCUUGACAGAGGGUUGGCUGGAACUUGAAAGUGAUCCAGGAUUAUUUACACUGCUUUUAGAAGAUUUUGGUGUCAAAGGAGUUCAAGUGGAAGAGAUUUAUGAUCUUCAAAAAUCACUCGAGGGUCCCGUUUAUGGCUUUAUAUUUUUAUUUCGCUGGAUAGAAGAAAGGCGAUCGAGGCGCAAAGUGGUGGAACAAGAUGAGAGUUUUGUCAAAGAUGAAGACAUUGUUAAUAAUAUAUUUUUUGCGCAACAAGUUGUUCCAAAUAGUUGCGCGACGCACGCUUUACUGUCCGUGUUACUAAAUUGUCCCAACAUUCAUCUUGGUACAACUUUAUCUCGUCUAAAAGUUCACACGACUGGUAUGUGUCCGGAGAAUAAGGGCUGGGCAAUUGGGAAUACACCGGAGCUAGCGUGCGCCCAUAAUUCCCAUGCGAUGCCUCAAGCCAAAAGGAGACAGGAUAAAAGUACAGCUGGUGUAUCCACUGGUAGAUUUACCGGUGAAGCUUUUCAUUUCGUGAGUUACGUGCCCAUAAAUGGAAGACUUUUUGAAUUGGACGGGCUAAAGCCUUACCCAAUGGAUCACGGGCCAUGGAAAGAGCACGAGGAAUGGACGGAGCAGUUCAGAAGAGUUAUAACGGAUCGUCUGGGCAUUUCUACGGGGGAGCAGUUGCAGGAUAUAAGAUUUAACUUAAUGGCUGUUGUACCGGACCGUAGGUUGGCUAUUUCUCAUAAAUUAACAAUGUUGAAAACCAACAGACAAAUAGUUCUGGAAGCCUUGCAGCAACUUGUUAAGCUAACUCAUCAGAAUAAUUCUGAAAAUCAUAAUAACAAAAAUAAUAAUAGCAGUAGUAAUAAUACCGAUAGUGAGAAAGCCGAGAAAUUGAGUGAGAAGAAGGAAAAGGUGGAAGAGGAAAGCAUUGCGAUAAAAAAUGAAACCGAAGGUACAAAUUCAAUACCUAUUAUAAGUGUGGAACGAUGUAAUGAUUCGACGAAUGAGAACGACGAGGCCUCGAAUUCAAGUGUGAAGCCGUCGACGAGUGGCAUUGAAAAAGUAGUGAAUGUCUGUGCACUGGACUACGCAACGCCUCUACAAAUCCAAACUUCUCCUGCCCACAGUUCAUCGAGUACGGAUACUUCAUCGGAAAUAGGUUCUGCUUUUAAUUCGCCUACCCAAGCUUGGGGCUGGAAUUCGGGACAAAUUAGUCCUACGUCGACGAAAGAUUUUAAAAAAUUUGUUGUGAUUAGAGUAGCGGGAGAUGAAAAGAAUGAAAAUGGACUGAGUCGUUCUUUGGGUAAUAUCAAUAUUAAUGGUAAAAGACUCGUCUCUGACAAUACGCAGUUGAACAAAAAGGUUUGUUUGUCAGGCGAAGUUAGAAUACCUCACGCUAGAGUAAAAACAAGCAACGGUGAUACAGUUACGGAAGAGAAGAAAGUUGAAAAAAUUGAUCCUAAACUUUGCUCCAAAUAUCCAGAACUCUUUGAGCCACACACUUUUGCUCCAAAGGACCUACUGGCGCUGCUAAAGAAUUUAGAGCAUGAAAUUGGGAUUUGCGAAACGGCUUUGAAGGAUGAAAAUGAUAAACGAAACAAAUAUAAGAUCGACGACUGCAGAAGGACGCACAAUUACGACGAAUUUAUAUGUACAUUUUUGUCGAUGCUGGCGCAACAGGGAAAAUUGGCCGAAUUAGUGCAGCAACAUUUGCAACUAAAGAAGCAGCCAACAGUUUCGGUCAACAGAGUACACAGGAGUUCGAAGAAAGUGGACACCAAUCGUACAACAGCUCCCCGAAGACGUCGUGGUAGAACAAAAUGUAAAAGGCGAAAGUGAAAGUACCCACACUUUCGUAU